AGCACCUUAUACCCCCCUUAAGAAGCGACAGACCCCGGGCAUCUUCGAGCUGCACCCACGAGCACCCUACUCCUUAGAAGAGCUCUCCAAGGAAAGCUGCGCCAAGCAUCUGGGACGCACAGGGUUCUUAGUCCCUUGAAGAGGAAGGCUGCAAUGUCACUGCUGGGAAGUCAGGGCAUUAUCUCAGUCACCGAGAUCCUUAUUGCCUCUGCUGUCUUCUGUCUGACCUUCAUGGUCAUCAGAUCCUUCCGGCAGCAGAUCCCCAAGGGGCUGAAGAGGCUCCCAGGACCAAGGGGUUACCCCCUGAUAGGCAACGUGCUGGAGCUGGGGAGCAAUCCACACCUGACCUUGACUCAGAUGAGCCAGAAGUAUGGAGAUGUGAUGCAGAUACAGAUCGGCACCAGACCUGUGCUGGUGCUGAGUGGUUUGGACACCAUCAAACAAGCCCUGGUGAAGCAAGGGGAGGACUUCAUGGGGCGCCCUGAUCUCUACAGCUUUCACCAUGUUGCAGAUGGCCAGAGCUUGACCUUCAGCUCUGAUUCAGGGGAGGUGUGGAGAGCUCGCAGGAAGUUGGCCCAGAAUGCCCUGAAGACCUUCUCUGUCUCGCCCAGCCCCAACUCUUUGUCCACCUGCCUCCUCGAGGAGCACAUCUCCAAAGAAGCUGACUACCUAGUAAGAAAGUUGCUGCAACUGAUGGAAGAGAAGAAGAGGUUCGACCCCUAUCGGUAUGUGGUGGUCUCUGUGGCCAAUGUCAUCUGUGCCAUGUGCUUUGGCAACCGUUAUGACCAUGGUGACCAGGAGCUGCUCAGUAUAGUAAACCUGAACAAUGAGUUUGGGAAGGUGGCUGCUUCCGGCAACCCUGCAGAUUUCAUCCCAGUGCUCCAGUAUCUCCCUAGCCGCACCAUGAAAAUUUUCAAGGAUCUCAAUAAGAGGUUCAACUCCUUUUUGCAGAAGAUUGUUAAGGAGCACUACAGCAGCUUUGAUAAGGACAAUAUUCGAGACAUCACCGACUCCCUGAUUGAGCAUUGUCGGGAGAAGAAAGUGUAUGAAUCUGCCAACAUUCAGCUCUCUGAUCAGAAGAUCAUCAGCAUUGUCAAUGACCUUUUUGGAGCUGGUUUUGACACUGUGACAACUGCGUUGUCCUGGAGUCUCAUGUAUCUUGUCACAUAUCCAGAAAUUCAGAAGAAGAUUCAUGAAGAAUUAGAUCAGAUGAUUGGCAGAGAGAGGAGACCCAGACAAUCAGACCGGCCCAUGCUGCCUUAUACAGAAGCUUUUAUCUUAGAGAUGUUCAGACAUUCCUCCUUCCUGCCCUUCACCAUUCCUCACUGCACAACGAAAGACACAGUACUGAAUGGCUACUUCAUCCCAAAGGACCUCUGUGUGUUUGUCAACCAGUGGCAAGUCAAUCACGAUGAGAAGCUUUGGAAAGAUCCAUCUACCUUCAACCCAGAGCGUUUCCUCAGUGCUGAAGGGACUGAAGUAAACAGGGCAGAGAGUGAGAAAGUGAUGAUGUUUGGCUUGGGGAAGAGGAAGUGCAUUGGUGAGUCCAUUGGCAGGUGGGAGGUCUUCCUCUUCUUGACCACUCUUCUCCAGCAAUUGGAGUUCAGCAUAUGUGAUGGUGAGAAGGCGGACGUAACACCUCAGUAUGGACUCACCAUGAAGCACAAGAGGUGUGAGCACUUCCAGAUUAAACAGCGCUUUGAAGUGAAGAGCUCUGGGUGAGCUGCAGAUUCUCAUUGCUAGGACAUGGAGGGGAAAUGCCACAUCACAAUAUUUUGGCUUUUGGGAACUACCACCAAGACUGCUUUGAAGGCUGACAUGCUAUAGAGUCUAAGAUAAUAGAAGCCAUGUUGACUCUGCAUCUGUACUGACAUCGUGGAGGCUUGCUCAUAUCUGAUAUGUAAAUGUACUCUAUCUGCUGCUGUCUAUUGGCAUUCAAAGACUGUUUUGCAACUGACUCAAAAAUUGGCAAAGCCUACCAAGUAUACUCUGAGGAGCAUGCCCUAUAGCAGGGGUCGGCAACCUUUCAGAAGUGGUGUGCUGAGUCUUCAUUUAUUCAC